AAAUCAAAACCACAGACCACAAAUGAAGAUCAAAACUCAAAAAUAGUUUACUUUACGUUUUGCUGUUUUGCUUUGCUUUGAAAAAUAAAAAUUGAAUGAAACAAUCGUUUGUGCAAUAAACCUAAUUAUUACAUACAUUGAAAUUGUUUUUACGUGAAUCUAAUUUAAAAUUAUGAACCGAAGACGUGCACACGAAGAAGAUGAUGGCUACGAGCGUCUACAUAGAAAACGACGUCGAGUAUCAGAAAACCAAGAAAUUGAGGAUAGGUUGGAAUCGCUUAUUUUGAGAGUUGGAGAGAAAAGCAGCUCCAGUUUAGAAAGCAAUUUGGAAGGUUUAGCCAGUGUCUUGGAGGCAGAUCUAAGUACGUUUCGUGUCAAAAUCUUACGUAUCUUAACAGAAUGUGCGAUACGCAUGCCAGAAAAGUGUACAAUAUACGCUACAUUGGUUGGUUUACUCAAUGCAAAGAACUAUAACUUUGGCGGUGAAUUUGUCGACUAUAUUGUAAAAACUUUUAAAGAAAACCUUAAAACUGGCAAAUGGAACGCCGCACGGUACUGUUUGAGGUUCAUAUCAGACUUGGUGAACUGUCACGUGUUGGCUGCCUCGUCUUUACUGACUCUUCUCGAGACAUUAGUUGAUUGUGCAAAUGAGGAUAGCGUACCUCAAGUGAGACGGGACUGGUUCGUUUUUGCAGUCCUUGCUACACUACCUUGGGUCGGCAGAGAAUUGUAUGAGAAGAAGGAAUCACAAUUAGACCAUUUGCUUGUAACAAUUGAGGUAUUCCUAAACAAGCGGAGCAAGAAACACUGGCCGGCACUAAAAGUGUGGUCUGUUGACUCCCCACAUUUGCAAGAGGAGUAUUUGGACUGCCUUUGGGCACAGAUAAGAAAACUAAGGCAAGAUAAUUGGUCUGAGAAACACAUUCCUCGACCUUAUUUGGCUUUUGAUUCUAUUUUGUGUGAGGCCCUGCAGCAUACACUGCCUGCUAUACAGCCACCGCCUCAUAAUGAUGGUGACACGUAUCCCAUGCCCAGAGUGAUAUUCAGGAUGUUUGACUACACAGACUGCCCAGACGGCCCUGUGUUACCCGGAGCACACUCAAUUGAAAGAUUCCUCAUAGAAGAACAUCUUCAUAAUAUUAUAGAGGCAUACCAUUUAGAGAGAAAAGAAUGUGCCGCCCAAUUGCUAUGUUUCCCGUACAAAGCAAAAAUACCUUUAGAAUAUUGUAUUGUGGAAGUGAUGUUUGCUGAAUUAUUUAAUUUGCCUGCUCCGAGAUAUCUGGAGAUAUGUUAUGGCUCAAUAUUUAUUGAGCUAUGUAAGUUGCAGCCAUCAACUAUGCCACAAGUGUUAGCGCAGGCAACUGAGAUUCUGUUUAUGAGAAUUGAUUCUAUGAAUAUUGCGUGCUUUGACAGAUUGGUGAAUUGGUUUGCAUACCAUAUAAGCAACUUCCAGUACCGAUGGUCGUGGGAGGAGUGGGAGUCCUGUGCACAGCUGGACCCUGAUCAUCCUAAGCCUAGGUUUAUAAGAGAAGUCCUAGGCAAAUGUUUAAGGUUAUCAUACCAUCAAAGAAUCAAAGACAUGACACCAGAGUCAUUAGCAGCAUUUGUUCCUUUGAAACCAGAACCUAUCUACAAGUAUUCCAUGGAAGGUGCAGCAUCUCUACCAGGAACCGAAGCCGCCCAUCAACUGGUAGUGUGCGUCCGCAACAAAUGCUCCCCCGAAGAAGCCCUCAACGUGUUGAGGGAGCUGCCCAACCCCCUGCGCGAGGGUGACGCCAACCCCGCCCACGCGGCGUACAACCCCCUGAAGAUAGACGUCUUCGUGCAGACGCUACUGAACCUUGGCAGUAAGAGCAUAUCGCAUAGCUUUGCCGCUAUAUCGAAGUUCCAUUAUGUUUUUAAGAUCCUGGCGGAGUCCGAGGAGGCGCAGAUCUACAUCCUGCGCAACGUGUGGGAGCUGUGGCAGCGGCACAACCAGAUGCUGUGCGUGCUGGUGGACAAGAUGUUGAAGACUCAGAUCGUGGAGUGCUCGGCGGUGGCCACGUGGCUGUUCUCCAAGGAGAUGGCGCCGUACUUCACGCAGGGCUACCUGUGGGAGAUCCUGCACCUCACCAUCGACAAGAUGAACAAGCAUGUCACUAAACUGAGCAAAGAACUACAAGAAGCAAGAGAAGCCCUCGCUAGGGCAGACUCCAGUAGCUCAGAGUCAGAGGACGAGAGCGGAAGCAAGAAGAAGAAGGACCACGACAAACCCACAGAAGAGGCAGUGGAACGCAUGGAGGAGCGGCUAGAGAUGGCGCACACCGACCAGAAGCGGCUGUUCCUGAUCGUGUUCCAGCGGUUCAUCAUGAUCCUGUCGGAGCACCUGGUGCGCGCCGACACGGACGCGCGCGACCCGCACACGCACUGGUACAAGACCACCCUCGCCCGGCUGCGCCAGGUCUUCUUGCUGCACCACGAGCAGGUGCAGAAGUACAGCAGCACCCUGGAGACGCUGCUCUUCACCCAGGACCUGGACCCUCACAUCCUCGACGUGUUCCACCAGUUCGUGGCACUCACCGCGUAACCUCACACUUGAUACUAAUUGACCACCUCUGGCGCUGUUUGUAAACUUUGGUUUAUUAAUAAGAGGUCCCCAGUUCGAUUCCCAGCUAUUUUCAAAAUUGUUUCAAGUUGGAUCUGAUAGGCAUCGGCUGGGGCUAGUAACCACCCUAACGACAAAGACGUACCGUUAACUUAUUUAUGUAAACUGUGGUUUAUAAAUAGAGGUCCCCAGUUCGAUUCCCAGCUUUGAUCAGUUUAGGUUUUUAUAUUUUCUAAAUUGACUUAGGUUGGGUUUGAUACCGUACCGUACCGUCAAUUGAUUUAGCGUUCCGGUACGAUACUGCGUAGAUACCGUCUGGAAGAGGUAGAAUGAACUUCCGCUUCCAUCUUAGCAUUGUCACUUAACAUCAGGUGGGUUAAAUUGCUAACUUGUAACAAGUUCAAGAACAUAAUAAAUUAUUAUUUGUAUAAGAUUUAUAAACUUAAGAUAAACGCAGUUUGACUUUAGUCGUAUAAUAAAAAUACAUUGAGUUAUUUUUAAAAAAAUAA